AUGAAGUAAGUGGGCUGAAACUGGAAAGAUCGAUGAAAAAACGUGAUAAAUGGGAUAUUGAUCGGAAGAGAUGUCUUCAGAGCAUGUGUUCUUCCUUUUGCCAGUGUAAUAUUUCAACGGGCGAGAGAGAAAAAGAAAUUGAAAGAGAUAAUGUGCCUCAAUCCGUGGCAUGAUGGGAGCGGGAAUCUCGGUUGGAAAAUUGGCAGGGACCUUCUGAUUUUCAGCCGUCAGAAGAGAUGGAACAACGGAAGUCCGCCGCAUCGAAUCGCCGUCAACCUUGUCAGAAGGUACAAAAAGCAGCUGAAGCCGAGAGUGAUGCCGUUCUUCUGCGACAAAUGCAGACUAUCAACUCGCACGCUUUCCCACAUCUUGGGUCACGUUUGCGACAGAGAGGAAAAAAGGAAAGCGGACAGGAAAGAAGCGGCUCGGAAGUUUUCUCUGUACGAUUGUGCAGCUGGUAAGAAUUGGCACGGGAGAAACUGAAGAUAAAGGCAUUCAUACAGAGAUCAAAAUGGCUUUGAAUGCCGAGAAACAAUGGAGAUACAACGGAAUGGCGGUAAUGGAACAGACUCUGAAACCGGAAAAAGUGUGCCCGAAGCCAGUGCAUAUUGUGCAGGCCCCGAAGGAAACGCAAUAUUUGGAUCACGAGCCGUCCCCGGAGUGAGUUUGAAAUGGAACUAAAGUGGAGAGGCGCAAAGAGAAGGGCUGCUCGCAACUCGAUUAGCACCGGCGACGUCUUCUUUUCUCAACGAGCACUCUCUCUUAUUGACGCCUUCGUCUUUUCAGAUUCUUCGCCGCCCAAGAGCAAGAAUUCGACGAUGAAACUCCGCAUUAUCCGUUGGAAGAAGUGCUCAUUCCGUCGACUCAAAUACGCCCGAAAACCACAUUGAAACCGUCGAGAUGCUUGGCACAUCCCGAGCCUGGAGUCUUCUGCUUCCACUGCAAAGGAUCGUUUGACAGCUACAAUCAGUACCAACUUCAUUUGCGCAAAGAAUUCAGCGAUGGAGUGUGCAGCCGCUCUUUGCCCAGCUAUUAUUACGUAGAGGUAUUGCAAAAAAGAGAUACCUUACUGAAAUAUGUGAUUGCAGAGAGAAGACAGAACUGGAAUGUUCAACAAGGAACACCGACACAGUGUUAUGCACCAUGUUCCGGUCGAACGGGAUGUCUCCCAUAUCCGAUGCACUCUUUGCAAAACGAUGAACUUCGCCAGCACAGGGGAUCUCUAUUCGCAUAUGAUCAAGUGUGCGAGCACAGUCACUCCCGGAAAGUGAGUGCUCUUCAAUGUCUCGCCCGAUCGCAACAUUUCCAUUUCAGAGGGUCCCCAAUAGAUUGUCCAACUGCGUUCGGCUAUGGAAUGCCGCCCUCCUUCAACGCUUGCCAAUACGUUUUCCCCGAUCCGGUCAGAGAGAAGGCUCCCCGUACUGAGAGCGUUUCUGCCGAAUCCUCUUCGAGCAGCAACAAAACUAGCCUCUGA